AUGCCAAACCAAAUCGCCCCAAGGACGGCCCUCAUCCUGGCCUGCGCGGCGCCCGCCGCCGCCUUCGCGCCGGGGGGCGCCGCGCGCGCGCUUCCGCCGCUUCUGGCGGACCCGAGCCGCACGGCCAGCUAUCUCAAAAAGCUGGCGCCGGCGCCGGAGACCGCGCUGCGCGCGGAGGUGCUGCGGAGGAAGCUCGAGGGCCGCCUAACCCUAAAGGAGGAGAACGCCUACCUCGCGACGCUGGAGAGCACCGGCGGGCUCGCGCCGGCGCGGUCGACGCCGCGCGCGCCCUACGACGCCGAGUACCUGGACGAGCUGGACCGGUCCACCUGGGCGAGCACGCUCUUCCAGAAGGAGCUCGCGCGGCGCGGCGUCGGCGCCGCCGCGGGCGAGAUCGAGUACCUCGAGGGGCUCGACGCCGGCGGCGAACCGGAAGAAUCUUCCCCGCUCGCGUGGCGCGGCGCGAUGCUCUUCGUGACCGUCGCCUGGGCGACGAACUUCGCGUUGACGGCCUUCGCCUGCGAGGAUCUAGGCGCCGCGGCGGGCCUCGACGGGUCCACGGCCGCGCUCGUCUUCGUCGCGUUGCGCUUCUUCGUCGC